UUUAUUUUCUGAUCAUCCCACGUCUUAUUAGCUUAAUUUCUUGCAUUUACUUUUCCAAGUUUAUUUGAAGAAGAUGAUAUUAUUCAUCCAUAUUAUUGAAUGCUUAUUUUGCGCUGUUUUUAGUACUUGUUCAUUCCAUCACUUUUAAUGUUACAGUAGCUUUAGAUGGAUCUGGUAACUUACAAAAGUAUUAGUGAUGGCAUAGCAGCUCCAGACAACGGAGACACAAGAUUUUAUAUUCGUGUCACCUCUAGAAUUUACCAUGAGCAUAUUGAAAUACUAUAUGCCAAGAAGUUUAUUGCUCUAAUAGGCGACAAUAUUUCCACAACGAUUAUCGUAGACAAUCAGAGCACUGGAUUCGGAACUGCCGAAACUGCAACAUUGACCAAGUACAUUACUUUUGAAAAUUCUGCUGGAUCUGAAAAUGGCCAAGGAGUUGCAUUUUUUAAUAAUGCCAAUCAAGCGGUAUAUUACAAGUGUACAUUUUCCUUGGGUUUCAAGAUACACUUUUUGUAUAAAACCAGGUAUUCUUCAAAGAUUGCAAAGUUUAUGGAACAGUCUUAUAUUUGGUGGUAGACAAAAGCUGUAUUUCAAGAUUGCAAGAUUAUUGAAUACUACAAUUACCAUCACUGCCCAAUCUAAAUAUUUUUCAGGCCAAAAUAAUGGGUUCUCCCAGAACUGUAGCCUAAUGGCCUCUCCAGAACUCGGGCCAAGAGAAGAUCAUCAUAAUUUCGACAUUUACCUUGCCUGAAUUUGGAGAGAUUAUUUAACGGUGAUUUUCAUGGAGUCGUUUAUGGACUCCGUGGUUAAUCCAAGGGGUUGGUAUGAAUGACCGUGAAAACUUGUAAACUUGUUGUUCUACGUUGAGUUUAAGAGCAACGGCCCAGGAGCUGAUG